AUGCCGCAGCUCGAAUCGCACAACGGCUACUACCUCUGGCACUAUGUGCCGAACAUGGUAGCAGCCAUCAUUUUCGAAGUCCUCUUCAUCCUGGCCACGUUCUUCCACGCGUGGAAGAUUGCGAAGACCAGGACAUGGUUCUGCAUCGUCUUCGUCAUUGGAGGAUUCCUUGAAAUGAUCGGAUACAUUGGCCGCGCCAUCGCCCGCGAGCGUACCGGCGAGGUUGGCCCCUAUGUCAUGCAAAGCAUCACUAUCCUCAUCGCUCCUGCCUUCUUCGCAGCCUCAGUGUACAUGACCCUCGGUCGAAUCAUCCGCAGUGUGCACGGAGAGUCGCUCUCUGUCAUUCGCAUCAACUGGCUCACGCGCAUCUUCGUCACCGGCGACUGUUUCUCUUUCCUGGUGCAAGCAAGCGGCGGCGGGCUCAUGGUCAAGGACGGCAGCCAGAAGAUGGGACAGAACUUGAUUGUGGCGGGUCUCGUCAUCCAGAUUGUGCUUUUCGGCAUCUUCUGGCUGACGUCCGUCGUGUUCCACAUGCGGCUGUCCAAGUCUCCGACUGAGGCGUCGAUGAGCGGCCACUCGCCGUGGAAGUCGGGGCUGUGGAUGCUGUACACCGUGAGCUGCCUCAUCAUGGUGCGGUCCAUCUUCCGUCUCAUCGAGUACCUUCUUGGCGGCGAUGGCUACCCUCUGCAGCACGAGUGGACUCUGUAUGUCUUUGACGCGACGCUCAUGUUCUUCGUCAUGGUUGUGUUCGGCUGGCGGUUCCCCAGCGCCUUCCAGAUCCGAAAGAAUGGCCACCAGUCGACGUCUGACGUUGAGGGAUUCGACAUGGCCGAGCAGGAGGCUCAGCAGCACUCGAUGCGGAAGUCGAUGCGAUGA